ACUGUCAAAUAUGUCAUCCAUGUAAAAUGGAGUGAAAAUCUAUCCUCUUCAAAAAUUUUAUGUCUAGAUUUAUUUUUAUGUGAUGGAUUGAAAGUACUGAAUACGCGCUACUGCUUCUAUUACUAGUCUUAUCGUACAUCUCACAGAUAUGUUUAGAAAUAGACUCUUCAAUAUUUUCAAGACCGCUUGUUCGCGAGUGAAUAGAAGGGCAGUAGUAUACAAAAUUCGUAAUAUUGCACCAGUUUCAUUGGGAUUACUUACUACGGCGUCGUGCGACGAACACCAAAAGGAGUACGAGGUAUCUUGGGAUGACGAUAGAUUAGAACAUGAAUUUUUAAUUCGACAAGCAACUACAGUCAAUGUGAAUGCAGCUACCCAACUUCUUACUGUAACUUUAGUCGCCAUUCAGGAUACAAGUGAAAGAUUACGAGAAGCACUGACAAAAGAGCUAUGCCUCGUGAAGCAAGCACUCGAGUGGGGAGAGUCUGGCAUCCCACCACACCACUGGGAUCAGCUGGUCGCAAUAAGGGGAUCGUUGUCUGACCUCAAGCACAAUCUUAGGACGUUGCUGAGUUAUAUGGAUUAUGCUGAAAAGUUAGCCACUGUUGCUGCUGAGAUUUCAUAUUUGUCUGGCAACAUUGCGGCUUCUGAUGCCAUCUGUGAAAGGAUUGAUCAUGCUUGCAGGACGUGCAACACUCAGAAGCAGUUGACGCACGAGCUCCAACAGGAGAGCCUGGAGUUGCAACAACAGGCCAUCGUCAGCUCGCCUGAACUCGAGCAGAAACUAAAAGAAGAGUUGGCAAAUGAAAAAAAAUCAAAAAAGAAGAAAUCAUAACAAAAAUUAUUUAGAUUGAAGCUAAUUAUAAUUUAUACACUUAAAAUUCCAGUUUGUACAUAGAAAUAGGAAGAGCAACAAUAAAAAAAAAUAAAAAAUAUGUUAUCUUAUUACUAUAGGGUACAUACACUUAUUUUUAUUCCUUUACAUUUAUUUAUCAUAACAUCAAAGAUUUUAAAAUACCUACUGAAAGGAUUAUACUUUUAAUAUUAUUACCCUGAAAUAUUAGCUAUAGUAUAAUACAACACACAUACAUCUUAUAAAUAUUAGCUAUCCACAUUUAGUGUUGAAAAUAACUAGUGAAUUUGACUAUCAUUUACGGUCAAAUUGGUCAAAAACUAGUAAUUAACUGUCAAAAAUGGUCAUUUUCAGUCAGUUUGAUUUCAGUAAUAGUUUAGUACUUUUUUUAAUUAUUAUUUCUUAGAUUUUGAGAAUGAUAAGUCUACAACUUCUUGAUUAAAACAAAAAAGUGUUUAUUACAAUUAAACACUACAAUGAGUCUACAACUUUUAAUUGACACAAUGUUUUGUAAUGAUUUAUUGUGCUCUCUUUCUUUCCCUACGCAAUUGUCACGCACCACGCUCUCGUAAGGCAAAAUGGGAAUGUUGCAUCGCCGCACACGACGACUUUGAUGCUAUCUUAUUCUCUCAUAAUAAAACAAAAUAAAACGUUCCUUAAUUUAAAUCUCCAUAAAAUUGGGUAAUAAAUUAUUUGGUGGGACUACAGUAAUAUUUGAGUCAAAUUGACUGAAUUACAGACAGUAAAUGACUGGUUUAUGACAAUCGUGACUGGUCAGAUUCGGUCAUUUUACAUAUCUAUUCACAUUCAUCUUCAUUAUUAAUAAAAGAUAGAGACAAAAAUAAUCUCAUAAUAUGUUAACAGUUAACACCAUGUUUAAGAUUUUUACAUCAAAGUGAUUAUGGUUAAUUAGCCAAACUGUCGCAGUCUCAAACUAUUUCGAUACUAAAAGGGUUAGUGUGAAAAGGUGAUAGACUACCUAGACAGUUACCUUCGUUUUACAGUACAGUUCGCAUUAUAAUAUUAAGUACGGAUUUGAUCGAAAAAAGCUGUUCCAAGUGCAACUUAACAUUACUGAUUGAGAGAUCCACUAAACUGGUUAAGUAAAAUGUUAGUAAACAAUACAGCUCAUCACAUAAAUAAUAAUACACAUAACUAUUGAUACAUUAUUGAUUAUAUCACUACUGAGGCUAAGUUGCACUAGCUUACUUUAACCGUAACUAUAACCAUAACCGGUGUUUCUGUAUGGGGUUUGACAGACUUGACGUUUGUUAAAGUGAUAUGGUGCAACCCAGGCAAAGAUUCCCUGCAUGUACAGAUAUUUUUAGUUUGGCAACAC